CAACGUCAAUCACGUGCCGCGAUGAACGGCUAUCCGCCCCCAAUGGGCAUGCCUGUAUCUGCAUGGCGGGCAGUGAAGACUGCAGAAGGCAAAGAGUACUACCACAACGCUGCGACAAAUGCGACAACAUGGGAGAAGCCUGAUGAAUUGAAGGACGAAGUCGAGCGCGCGAUUGAAGGCACUGGCUGGGCGAGGCAGCUCACUCCAGAGGGCAAGGCGUACUACUACCACAAAGAGUCGCGCCAGACAACAUGGAACGUCCCCGAGGACGUCCAGAGAAAGAUGGACCAAGCCCAGGCGAACAUGCCGCCGCAGCGCCCGCCAGCUGGUCCUGCCGGAUGGGCUGCGGGCCCUGCGCAGCUUCCUCCUUCAAACGACUUUCGCCGUCCAGAGCGUGACGAGUACCGGCCUGAGCGUCGCGACCGCGACCGCGACCGCGACUUCGACCGUGAGCGCGAUGGCGGGUUUGGCGGCGACAGACCGAGAGUCGAGUUCUCGACCGGCACCGAGCUGCAGUUCGCCAACGCACAAGAAGCUGAGGCUGCCUUCAUGAAGGUGCUCAAGCAGAUGAAGGUCCAGCCUGACUGGGAGUGGGCGCAAGCCGUGCGCGCUGGCGUCAAAGACCCCAAUUGGCGCGCCAUGUCUGAGCCGGAGAAGCGCGAGGAGGCAUUCAAGAGAUACUGCGAGGACCUCCGUGCUCAGGAGAAGAACAAGGAGCAGGAUCGCCAGGCUAAGCUGCGCUCAGACUUCACUGCUAUGCUGCGAUCACACGCCGAGAUCAAGUACUACACACGCUGGAAGACGGCGCUGCCUAUCAUCGAGGAAGAGAGCAUCUUCCGCUCGGCCAAGGACGACAACGAGCGCAGACAGCUGUUCGAGGAGUACAUCAUCACCCUCAAGAAGGCGCACGAACAAGAGGAGGCUGAGAGCAGAAACUCUGCGCUCGACGAGAUACUUGGCCUUAUGCAGAGCCUUGAUCUCGAGCCAUUCACCCGCUGGCAGACAGCCGAAGCCAAGCUUGAACAGAAGGACGAGUUCAAGAGCGAGAAGUUCCAAACGCUGAGUCGCAUGGACGUCCUUAACCAAUUCGAGAAGCACAUUCGCCAGCUCCAGCGCGAGCACAACGAUCGAGUCCAAGCGGAGCGCCGCGUCAAGCACCGUAUCGAGCGCAAGAACCGAGACGCAUUCAUGAAGCUCCUCAACGAGCUCAGGGACAGUGGCAAGCUCAGAUAUGGCACAAAGUGGAAGGACAUCCACCCUCUUGUCGAGAACGACGCACGCUAUACUGCUAUGCUUGGGCAGAGCGGAUCUUCUCCAGUUGAUCUGUUCUGGGAUGCUUUGGAGGAGGAGACGGGCAAGUUCCGUACCUUGCGCCGCUACGCCCUUGAUGUGCUGGAGCACCAACGUUUCGAGGUCACCACAGCGACCCCGGUCGAAGGGUUCUUGAGUGUCAUGCGCAAAGAUUCUCGCACAGCUAACAUUGACGAACAGUCGAUGCAUGACAUCUACUCGUACAUCCUCGAGAAGGUCAAAAAGCGCGAAGAAGAUGAGCGCAAGAUCGAGGAAUCCGACGAGCGCCACGCAAUCGACCGCCUUCGCUCGGUCAUCAAGCGCCUCGAGCCUCCCGUCGAAGUGCAGGAUACCUGGGAAGUGGUACGUCCCCGUGUUGAGAAAACAGACGAGUACCGCGCACUGAAAUCAGAUACCCUCCGCGAGAGCGCUUUCGACAAGUACAUGCAGCGCCUGAAGGAGAAAGAGAGCGAGCGCCGCGACCGCAGGCGUGAUGAUCGUCCGAGAAGCAGAGACAGGCGUGACCGUGGCGACAGAGAUCGUGAGUACCGCAACGGUGACUCUCACCGCCGUGAUCGUCAUCGCACGCGCACCCGCUCACCUGAACAUGACCCAUACGCCGCUGAGCGUAGGCGAGCCCAGCAAGACCGCGAGGCUAGAUACAGGGAUACCGAGCGCACAGGUCUUUCACCCCCGCGUCGCCGCGACCAUCGCGAUGAUGAUCGUUAUGAGCGCCGUCGCAGCCCUAUAGGAGACCACUACGGCCGUGAGCGCCGCGAACGCGAGGUCGAACGCGAGAGGACGUACCGCGCUGACCCCCUCAGUCGCGCCGAUCCACGUGAAGGCAGCGUGAGUCUCGACUACGGCGAUGGCGCUGGUAGGACAGCAAGUUCCAGGCGCAGAAGGGAGAGCGAUGUGAGUGCAAGCCGUCGCGAUGUCAAGCGCCCUCGCUACUCACCCCGUCCCGACCCGCGCGGUAAGUCCAAGACUCCCGUCCCUGAGCCUAUCAAGGAAGAAGACCGCGCUCUUAGGUCUGGCAGUGAAGAGGGCGAGAUCGAAGAGGAUUAGCGAUCCUUGCCGAUGAACCCUGUUCCGUUGAAGCCCCCGCCAUCAAGCUUGCCCAGGAAGCCGAGUCCUUUGAGCUUUGAAGUGAAGAGUGAGUACUGUGGAAUCAAACGGGAGUGCCAUCAGUAAAGACAAUGAGCGGUGCUCAAAAGCGUGGUUAAUGGUAUGUUGGGUUUCGUGUAUCUUAUACCUAGUAGGUAGCUGGUCCGUAGGCUAUUUCAAAGGCAGACAAUGCAU